AUGGGCGCGCCGCUGGCGUCGGUGGCCGUCGGCGCGCGUACCCUCGCGCUGCUCUGGGGACUGCCGCUCGUGGACGUCAACGACUGCGUCGGCCACAUCGAGAUGGCCGCACCAUCACGGGCGCCGCCAACCCUGUCGUGCUUCUACGCCAGCGGAGCAACUCGCAGCAACGACCCCCGCCCCCCGGCUACAACAUUGAGCAGCCUCGCCAAAGCGCGGUCCCCCCCCUGCUCCGACCUGCCCUACGCCGUCAAGGGCAUGGACUGCUCCUUCUCCGGCAUCCUCGCGAGCGCCGACGUGCUGGCCGCCCAGAUGCACGCCGCCCGCGCCCGCGGCGACGACCCCCUGCCCUUUACGCCCGAGGACCUCUGCUUCACCCUGCAGGAGACCGUCUUCGCCAUGCUCGUCGAGAUCACCGAGCGCGCCAUGGCCCACGUCGGCAGCAGCCAGGUCCUCAUCGUCGGCGGCGUCGGCUGCAACGAGCGCCUCCAGGAGAUGAUGGGGCUCAUGGCCCGCGACCGCGGCGGCAGCGUCUACGCCACCGACGAGAGGUUCUGCAUCGACAACGGCAUCAUGAUUGCCCACGCCGGUCUGCUGGCGUACAACACCGGCUUUCGCACGCCGCUCGAGGACAGCCAGUGCACGCAGCGCUUCAGGACAGACGAGGUACAUAUCAAAUGGAGAGACUGA